AUGUCGGCACCUCCUUCACCAAAUCCUCUACAUGGAGUAGAAGUGCUCCUCUUCGAUGUCUUUGGAACCGUCGUAGAUUGGCGCAGUUCGGUGACAAAGGAGCUGGAGAAUAUUGGAAAGAGGUAUUUCUUGAAUGACUCGCCUCAAGAUUGGCUUGACUUUGCGAAUGAGUGGAGGAAGGGGUAUAUGGAGAACACACGCCGGAUUGCAGAAGGUGGGGAAGGAACUAAUGAUGUAGAUAUCAUGCAUCGAGAAAUUCUCGACACCAUGCUAUCCUCACCCCGAUGGUCUCACAUUGGAGAAGCCUUAAAAGAAGAAAAAGCUAGGGUUGAGUUGAAUUUGGUUUGGCAUCGUUUGGAUGCAUGGCCUGACACCUUACCCGGCCUCCACGCCCUCAAAAAGCAUUUGAUCAUCGCCACCCUUUCCAAUGGAAACGUCCGUCUCCUCGUCGACAUGGCUAAGCACGCGGGUUUACCAUGGGAUGCAGUGUUCUCGAGUGCAUUGUGGGGAGUGUAUAAACCAAACCCCCUUGCUUAUGCCUCAGCCCUACAUCACCUCUCUAUUGUCCCGAAUAAAGAAGGCACAACCAAAGCAGCGAUGGUUGCUGCACACCUUUUCGAUUUGCGCGCUGCAAAGAAGGCGGGGAUGAGAACUGUUUAUGUCCGUCGGCCUGGGGAAGAUGCGGGUUUGUCGGAUGAGGAUAGGAAAAAGCUAUCGGAAUCGGGAGGAGGAAAUGUAGAUGGGGUUGAUGUGGUGGUGUCGGAUUUCAAGGAAUUGGCGAGGUUGUUUGGUGAUUCAGAGUGA